AUGCAGAAUAUACUAUCAAGCAUGCUUUCUUCGUGGUCAAGUUCAAGUUCAAGUUCAAUCGAGGACGACGGACUCGAAGACAUCCCCACAGCUGAGCUGCGCAAGGACGUGGAGGGCGUGCUCGAAUGGAAUCCAGCGCGUCUCCGGCGGUGGAAGACCGCACCACCACUUCCCGUCCAACCUCGCCACUGGAGAUACACCAAACAUCUGGAUAGCAAGUUACUAUUGCGCUCGGUGGUGCCCAUGGACUCGCUAGUCAAUGACCUGUCGAAGCUAGCUCAGGAAAACCUAGAUGCCAUGCUCGGCCCGUGCGGUUUGUACCCGAGCCGCGCGUUGGGGUAUCAUAUGAAGGCAACAGCCAUAGACCUUGAACCAGAGGGAAUAGCGGAUGGUUAUGAACGGAGCUCUGCUGAAAUAUGUGGCAGGAUCGUAACCAAGGUCUUGAUCCCGAAAACGCGUGAUUGGGGCCUCAGCGUGCAAUGGGGCCGGCGGGUCGAGCUCCACAAGGCGUCCGCUGGCAUCGACGAUGGCGGUCAUUUGUUUUUCCUGGGUAAUCCGGACAGCGGGCUGGAGCUCUAUCGCCGUGCGCAUUUGGAGCUCAUGGACCCCGGUUUGCGCACAGAUUUGGAGCGGGUUUUGGCGUACGCGCCAAAGAUUGGGACAUGGGUCUUUCUUUCGCUCACUCGCAAGUCGAAGAAACUGUUACUUGGCAUGGAUCAACUAGCCGCGCGGGGCAGCUUCGACUACGAACUUUGUCGAACUGCUUAUCCCAACUCAACUUCGUCAUUAAAAUCGGUCACGGUCCCCCCUGAUGCGACGUCCACACCAUGGACACUUCCGUCUUUUCCUGGCAGGAACAAUUCGGACUCUGGCCAUACAAGGACGCUUCGCGCUACCACAAUUGCCGCGUCGAAAGCGACUAAGGGGAGAGCGGAAAAGGUGGUGAUCCCGUCCGCCCGACGACGACCAGAAACGACUGCUUAUGCCCCAGUGCCUCUGACCAGCGAAUCACUUGUCCAACUGGCAUGGGCUAAAGCAGUGGAGAAUGAUGCCACGAUGAUAGUUUUCAACUGCGGUAAUCAUGAGCGGCUUGCUGUCCGCCAUAGAGGGACCCAGACACUGUAUAUCUCGGAACUCUACGACACCACCAAGUGCGCAGAGCCUGGUUAUGCCAAGCUCCAUGUGGGCUUAUACCUCGCACAGGUUUUUGACGCCAUUGCUCGUGCUAAGGCUGCCAGCGCGCCCACGGAACCGCGGCGAAGCAGUCGCAAACGCCCUCAUAACGACAAUGUCGCCGCAUCGUCGCUGCCAAACAAGCGCUCGAAGCGCGAUCCGGAGAAAUCCGUGGAGUGCCCGAUGAUGGAGCUUGCGAGUCAAUGCGACAUGAUGCUGCUGCACUUGCAGUAUGACAACUAUCAUUCCCCUUCCCCAGCUUCGUUUCUUCGAACAACACCGUGCCUCGUGCACAAAACCCACCGAAAACCAGGAUACUCUCCGCAAAUCAAGCGGUCUUAUCGGCUUCAUGAAUGUUUCGAAGUCAUCCUCACAGGGCAGCUCGGCAGAGGCGGAACCGGCACGGUCUAUGGAGCAAAAGGGCGGUUGACAACAAAAGACGGAGAGACACGCAUCCAAGAAGAUCUUAUCGUCAAGAUGGCAUUUGAAAAGCACCCACAGCGGCGCAUGCGGCAUGAAUACGACGUCUACCAGCAACUCGCAGAACACGGGGUCACAGGUGUCCCGCAGGUAUAUGGCCUAUUUGAGGACCUCGAGGGGGGCGCGCUUGCGCUUGUGAUGAACCACUGUGGACAAGAUCUAUGGGAGCUGCGUCCAGACAAAGACACGUCGCAGACGCCGGUUACGCCAGCACAGCGCGAUCGAUUUACUGAGAUCCUCCAAAACGUGCAUCGUGCGGGAGUCCGACAUCACGACAUCCGCGCCGCGAACCUCAUGAUCAACGCCGCGGGCGAGGCCUGCAUCGCUGAUUUCGACCGCGCGCGGCUGAAUUCAACCGAAGCUAAGAAAGAAUGGGAGAUGGACAUCCUCCGGGAGUUCAUGGAGGGCAUCCAUCACAACUUCCUGAUUCCCAGCCCCAGCAUGCCGGGCGACGAACAAGAAAUACGGGAUGAGACGCCCGUCUCUGCGCACGCUGGAUCGGGAUCGGGAGGAAGGGGGGAAGGGGACUCAGAAGUGGACUCAGAAGUGGACAGCGAUGAGAGUGGGGAAGAUGCUGGUGAAGACUCAGACUAG